UGGGGGUGGCUUACCAUAAUUGAAUAUUAAAUUUGAAAUAUGGAAAUAUCUCUCACUCACAUGCACACUCACACACGCGCCUAUACAUAUGCACAUUGCGCACUAAUGGCAAAAUUAAUCUGGCUUUGCCGGGCAAAGAUUACAUCAAAUCCCGCUUACAGGGACAUUGUGUGAGAAGUUCAUGACCCCAAAAGAGACUGAAAAUAUCGAUAUUGCAUAUGUUUCAUCAUAAUAUAGAUCCUAUAUAUCCAAAGGUUAAAUUUUGGUAGCAAUCGGACAAAGUCUCAAGGAGUAUUUUGCAGACUUCCUGUGGGAUGUCGCUUUUUGUGAGUCUACUCUUGAUAGACGUGUCGACCAAAUUCCACGUUGCCAAGGGAUCGUGGCUUUUGGGGCUGACUUAUCGAAAUGUGUUCCUGUUUUAUGGAGCGCCAUCCAACUUUGCCAAACUGCUUGCGUCAUGUCGACUCAACAAAUGUGUCCAUUCAUGAAUGACGUAAUGCUUCUCAAGCAACCUGCAUCAUAAGCUUGAUCCCACCUUUAAGUCCCCCAUGCAGGAGCAGCAGCAGGUUGUUGUUGCUGUGUGCAAGCAGGGGCGGCGAGAACAGCGAGUCCACGACCCCAACGACGGGAGUGUCAACGGGAAAGCCGAUCCAGACUCUGGACUCCUCCUUGGAGAUCUUCGUCAUCUGCGCACAAGGAGUCUGCAGUUUCUUCCGGACGCCUCAACACACCAAGAGCCAAGAUACAGGUGACGACAUGAGUGCUGCUCGGUUCCCAAGCGGAGGAAGAGACAAGUGCAGGCUGCACAUGGUGACGUGGAACGUGGCCACGGCGGAGCCUCCUGAUGACGUCACCUCACUGUUGCAGCUCGACGUCCAACCGCCCACCGAUCUCUACGUGAUCGGGCUACAGGAAGUAUGCGCCACGCCGGUUCGGUUCAUCUCGGACUUGAUUGUCGAGGACUCGUGGAGUCACGUCUUCAUGGACACCCUGGCACCGCGAGGCUUCGUCAAGGUGGCGUCGGUGAGGAUGCAGGGUUUGCUGCUGUUGGUGUUCGCCAAACAGUCGCACCUGCCUUACAUCCGAGACAUCCACAGCACGUACACUCGCACUGGGAUCUUUGGAUAUUGGGGAAACAAAGGGGCGGUGUCGGUGCGCUUCUCUUUCUACGGCCACAAGGUGUGUUUCCUCAACUGCCAUCUGGCGGCGCACAUGAACCACGCUCUGCAGCGCGUGGACGAGUUCGAGCAUAUCCUGGAGACGCAAGAGUUUGACACGGAUGACGCACGCCGGGUUCUGGACCACAAGUCAGUCAAACACAGAGAAAAAGAACCUCCGCCAAGGCUCGUGUUCUGGUUUGGAGAUUUGAACUUCCGCAUCGCUGACCACGGCCUGCACUUCCUGCGCUCUUCCAUCAAUGGCGGACGACUCAACCUGCUGUGGGGCAAGGACCAGCUCCUCACCAUGAAGACAAAAGAGGCCUUCCUGCAGGAAUUUGAGGAGGGACCCUUGAAUUUCAAGCCCACCUACAAGUUCAGCCGCAACUCCGAUGCCUAUGACCUUGGCGGCAAGAAGAGGAAGCCUGCGUGGACCGACCGUAUCCUGUGGCGGGUCAAACCCAAAAACCCGCCAUCGGAAGACGACGACGACAAGUUGUCGACCGCCACGGACGACAGCCUGGAUGAGUACCCCCUGGUGAUCAACCAGGAUAAAUACACCAGCGACAUGAGCUAUGGCGUUAGCGACCAUAAGCCUGUCAUGGCCAGCUUCAGUCUGGAGCUGAGGAAACACUUUGACACUCCGCUGGUUCACGUGUCACCUGAAGGCAUCUGGAGCGCUGACCAGGACGCUCUCCUCAACUACACCGUCCAGGAGGACUUCCUCUCCUCAACGUGGGAUUGGAUCGGCCUGUACAAGGUCGGCUUCAAGAGCUCGAGCGACUAUGAGACUUUCGUGUGGGUUCGAGAGGACGAGUUGCCAGAGACUGAUGAAGUCAUACAGAUCUCAGUGGAUAAAGAUGACAUCCCUCUGCUGGGCGGGCAGUACGUGCUGGGCUAUUACAGCACGAACAUGCAGAGCAUCAUCGGCCUCAGUGCCAACUUCCAGAUCUUGGAGUCGAAACGUGCCGUCAUGGAGGGGCUCGUGCCGGAGAACAUCAACGGGCUCACCAAAUAAUUGAAGAAACUUUGAUGUGUCUUAUUAGCCUCAAACUUGAUCAAAGAACUGUGACAUCUUCCGGUCGUACAUGUGAUUUCACACAUAGGAAAUACUGGAAAAGAUGAAAAAAUUUUAAAAAGCCAUUAAAAAUACAAAAAUAAUUACUAGUCAGUGUAGUGUGGUGGAAACGACAGUUUACAUUUAGCUGUCCACAUUAAUUCAGAAACAUGUAAUGAGUGAGUCAGUGAGAACAUUUAUUGGAACCUACUGGUUCUUUCUUAGCACUGAAUGCUGGAAUUGCAUUGUGAUUAUCUUAUGAAUUACUUCACUUGAUAUUCAUUUUUAAUAUGAAUGAAAUAAUGCUUUGUUUGUUUUAGCCAUGUGCUGUGGCUGAUGAAUAUGACGGAAUUUAUGUGGCUGUAAAACUGCUGGAAAUCUUUCAAGAAUGUAGCUUACGUGAUCACAGGCAACUGAGUAGUGUGGAAAGGAAGUUACACGUAUUUUGUUUUGCAUACUCU